AUGCAGGCCAUGCAGGCCCCAGUUGUGCAGCAGAAGAUUCAUGCGCACGUGCCGGUGCCUUCCGCCCCCCCGGCCUUCGAGUCGAGCAAGAGGCUGGGAGACAAGGAGGCGUGCAACGAUCCGGAAGAAGCCUGUGACGAGGACAAGUUUGGGGAAGAGAACAAGGGCCCUGAGAAGUCUGAGUGUUGGAAGCCCGUUUUGCCGGCAGCGCUCAGUGUCUCGACGUUUCUGGGUGGGGUAGCCGUGAGCCUGGUCCAGAUACCCAUGUUGACCGAACUGACGGGGUGGCCCUUUGCUGUCCUUUUUGGGAUUGCAGUUGCCAUCUAUGGUGUGACCUUGCUGUGCAUGCUGUGGGUGGCCAGGGCUGACCCAGGCCAGGUAACUGACGACGUGGAGGGCGAGCUGCCCAAGCGUACCCACAAGUCGUGGCUGUACCCGAAGCCCGUUCGGCGCUACGACCACUACUGCAGGUGGCUUCAGAAUGUGGUUGGCCUGCUGAAUCACCGAGAGUUCAUGGUGAUGCUAAUUGGUUUGACGCUGAUUGCCACGCUCGGGGUCCUCAUUGAUCCUUACCUCGUGGUCUUGGCCUAUGAAAGGGCCGGAAUCCAAAUCAUCAGAGAUGUCGUCCUUCUGUUGCAUUGGGUGUACUCUCUGAUCUUGCUGUUCUAUGAAGGAAAAAUCUUCAUGAUCCACGUGGGGCUGAUCUCGAGGAAUGAGACGGCACAGGAGUGGAAGCAGAACAAGCACUACGUGGUGCACAACACCUCCAAAGGGGACAACGUCCCGGUAGAGAGCUUGUCGGAUUCGGAUGAAUACAACGAGUUCUUCGACAAGGGAGCCUUCACAUACUCGCCUCAAGCCAAUUCCUUGGACAAAGGCUGCCCAACGAACUGCUUCAACUUCUGGUGUGAACCCCGAUGGCCCGCCGCAGUAAAGGGAGACUUCUGA